UGGCUGGGCGAGUAGCAUUCAGGAACAACAGAUGACAGCUCAGAAGCUGCCGCUAAACCGGCCCGCGUGCUAUUGGGACAAACACCGAAACCGGCGAAAUGUCAUCGUGAGAACAGCAGAGUGUAUGGAGAAAGACAGCUAAUUACUUAUUCAUGGCGGUGCUGUGAUCCUCACAGCGCAGCGGCCACAGAGUUCCUUGAAUACCCGCUUCCCUGCAGGUAGCAGGGUUUAGCGCGUAACCGCGCAGGAUCAGGCCGAAUAUGGAGAGUUCUGGAGAGGCGAGCUGUGUGCUGAAGCCAGAGGCAGCCUGCUCAUCCUGUGCCGGAACAGAGCCUCCCGUUUCGAGGAAAGCUUUCCGUAAAAAACAAAAAGCCAGGAGCAUGUCCACCUCAGCUUUGCCUAGCUGUGCGGAGUUCAGGCGGAAAAAGUCACUGCACGGACCGAGUCCAGUGACCACAUUCGGGCCCAAAGCGUGUAUGAUGAAGAACCCAAAAGCAGUGAUGCAUAUUCAGGACCCAGCAAGUCAGAGGUUGACCUGGAACAAGCCACCCAAAAGUGUCCUUGUAAUUAAAAAGAUUCAGGAUGUCAGUCUUCUGCAGCCUUUUAAAGAGCUUUGCAUCUUCCUCACAGAGCAGAAAAAAAUGAUCGUUUACGUGGAGAGGAAAGUCCUGGAGGACCCUGCCAUUGCUAACGACGAGAGCUUUGUGGCCGUGAAAAAGAGUUUUUGCACUUUUAGAGAAGAUUAUGAUGACAUCUCCAAUCGGGUGGACUUCAUCAUUUGUUUGGGAGGAGAUGGAACUUUGCUGUACGCUUCCUCCCUCUUCCAGGAGAGCGUACCUCCUGUUAUGCCCUUCCAUUUGGGAUCUCUGGGCUUUCUGACACCUUUUAACUUCGACACCUACCAAUCUCAGGUUACACAAGUGAUUGAAGGCAAUGCUGCCAUAAUCCUGCGCAGUCGACUGAAGGUGAAAGUGGUGAAGGAAAACUGGGAGAAAACCAGGCCAAAGGAGAAAAACUCGAUCAUCGCAAACGGGGAAGCCGAGUCGGGCCGCAAAACUAUGCAAUACCAAGUGCUAAAUGAGGUCGUUGUGGACCGAGGUCCUUCCUCCUACCUUUCUAACGUUGAUCUUUUCCUGGAUGGUCACCUUAUCACCACCGUACAAGGCGAUGGAGUGAUUGUGUCAACGCCGACAGGCAGUACCGCGUAUGCCGUGGCAGCAGGAGCCUCCAUGAUUCACCCGAAUGUCCCUGCUAUCAUGAUCACCCCGAUCUGUCCUCACUCUCUCUCUUUCAGACCCAUCGUUGUCCCUGCAGGCGUCGAGCUCAAGAUCAUGCUCUCACGUGAGGCAAGAAACAAUGCAUGGGUUUCCUUUGAUGGCAGAAAACGGCAGGAGAUUGGACAUGGAGACAGCAUUACCAUCACCACUUCGUGCUUCCCUGUCCCAUCCAUCUGUUUCCGUGACCCAGUGAACGACUGGUUUGAAAGCCUGGCUCAGUGUUUGCACUGGAACGUGCGCAAGAAGCAAAGCCACCUGAGCUCAGAGGAAGAGGAGUUUUGAAUAUUUGCUCCAAAGCACUUUGUUUCAUUUAUUAUAUUUCUCUCUUUUUAUGCCUGUCUGGGACGUGUCGUCCUACUUUCGACCACAGAACUUCUGCGAAGCUCGCUGCUUCAUGGUCACUUUUGUGUGUUUGUAAGAAUUUUUUUAAAGGAGAAGAAUUACUAUUUGUAGAUUGUGUAUGACACAUAACUGUCAUAAGCUGCCAGGAAUAUUACAAAGACGUUUCAUGAGGAGUCGGAAAGAAACAUCAGGUAUCGUCUGCAUCGUGCAUGAGGAGCAUUUAAGCACCAAAGCAAUAACUGGAUAUGAAUCAAAUUGUGCCUUAAAUGACAUAGAACGUUAGAAAUCCUUAAAGCGGAUUUUAACGACGUCCUGCAUUUGUGUAUCAUAGUUAUACAUAUUCUAUAAAUAAAUGUCUGGUCACAGGGACUUAUUUGUGCGGGUCACUGCACAAAAAAAAUGAAAGCUAGUACAUUUUUUUUUUAAUUUAUAAUUUUAACACUUACAGGUAAACAACAACCGCAAAGUAUUUGAUUCCUGAGAUCACAUAGCUCAUUCCAGGUCUGUUGGGGCCCACGUUUUUUUUUGUUUGUUUGUUUUGAUUUCCAGACUUCGAUUUCUGAGCAAUAUUUUAUUAAGGAAUUAUUAGGUGUUGGUUAGUUUUCCCCAUUCCUGCCCCUGUUUGAGUUAGUAUAAGUAAGUAUAUAAGUGUCCUUCUCACUGAAAUUUAGCUUUACAUCUCAAAACAUUUAACAGGCUUAUCUACUACAUAAAGACUUACUUUGUGUUACUACAUCGUGCAGUCACGUGCACUCCGACUAGUUUACUAGUACAUUAAGGCUGUUGGAGGUCAAUUCAGCCACAUGUGCCCUAUUCUCGAAGAAAACGAGGAACAAAACUGUUUACAUUCACUUACCCUCUCAGAGGUGACUGAGCUUUUUAUUAAAUCAUUGUUCAGAUAACGAAGGAAAAAGAUGUCGGUUAUAUUUAUGAGCUCUAACUGUUAAAUAGUUAGUAAGUAAUGCUGUUCUGGUUUAUGUUAUGUAGAAGCCACUUUCUUAAUUAGAUCUGUCAAUAUUAGUUUUCAUGAAUUCUUGUUCUUAGUACUUUUGGGCCUAAUGCAUAAUCAUGUGAAGUAGUUACUACUUUCUGAAACCAAAACGACCAGUCUUAAUUACUCUCAGACAUCAAAACAUAGAUGAUUGUCUGUGAGUGACUAUAUAUAAUGCUCAGGAGAGAAUUCAUUUUAUGUGCAUGAUGUUCUUGGGGCCUGGACGUAGCGUAACGGGGUGUCUGGCUCAUUCCAUCAGCUCUGCUUUUUAGACAUGACUAAUUAAAAAAAAAUAAUGUAGAAUUGUUCAGUCUUUUCACACAAACCUUUUCAACCUUUAAUUUUGCACACAAGUUUUUUGUAAUGUAUCUUUUCUGAACAUAUUCUAAAUGGGUCUUGAUUUUUGUUUUUUUGUUUGUUUUUUACAUAGCACUUUAAUAAAUGAUCCACAGUUGAUCAGUAAGAUAAAAGCUUGUGUAUGUGGCUUUUAUUUGAGAUUCUA